UAUACAGUCGACUUACUAACUGCCAUGAAGUGGUGCGAGUCUGCGUGGGAUAAUGUGUCAGUUUCUACGAUUCAGAAGUGCUGGUUGCACUCCACGCUCAUUAGUAAUUUGAAUUUGAAUUUGUUGCUGUUGCGGAUUAUACUGAUCCCAACUAUACCACUUGCAGUUGGAGUAAGACAAAAGGUGAAAGAGAAGAAUCUAGGCCUCAGUUGA